CCGCUCCGCGCCACCGCCGCCGCCGCCGCGAUGGCGGGCUUCAAGGCGGCCGAGCGGCGGCAAACGGAGGCCGCGCAGAGGCAGACGGAGCGGAGGCACAAGCAGCAGCUCGUGCAGAGCCUCGAGGCUGCGAACAAGCGCCGGGAGGAAGCGAUCAUGCGCCACAAGAAGGUCCCAGGAGUGCCGAUGCGCCACAUUCACGACGGCAACCUCCCGACCGGCGCGCACCUCGCCCUGGAGGCGGAAGCGCGGAGGGCGGCGCGGGUGCCCAAGCCGGACCGGGGCGCCUGCCUCGACGCGCCGCACGUCACGGAGAGCGCGCCGUGGCAGCUGGCGCGGCGUCCGACCAGGCGCCCCCCGUGGGCGACUUCACGAGGGGCAUCCGGGGGGGGCACGGGCACUUCAAGACGCUGCAGGAGGCGAAGGCGGGCGAGGCGGUGAGCGACAGGUGGGGCAGCGGGCGCUUUGGCCCGAGCCAGAAGGCUGGCGAGUGCGACAGCCACCACUUCGCCGCCAGCGCCGUGCCCGCCUGGCGCCCCCAGGGCGUGGCGCCGCCCGGCCACGGCGCC